AUCGCAUUCUUUCACAAAUCUGUCAACUCAAAUGCGAAUCGGAAUCAGCAUGAUUUUUGUUAUUUUUUCUACUAACCCGCAUUUAAAUCAAAAAUUCCGAGCAGUUUCUAUGUGAAUUUGGAUCAAGAAGAAUAAACAAUGCCGAAAAACAAGGCUCAGCCAGUGGAAUUAACAAAAUGGGGGUUCACAUAUGGAAAACCAGAUAUGGAGCGUAUUGGAUUGUUCGCAGAAAUGCCAUAUAUGAAUGGCAAGGGAUAUGUUUCGCCGUUCGCUACGGAAAAAUCUAAAAACCUCAAAGGAUUUAUAUGUCCCGGGAACAAAAUUGUUUGUGGAACACAGGAUGGACUUUUCGAGAGUGAAUUCAAGAGGAUAUUCGAGAAAGAAGUGAUAGUUAGAGGAAAAAAACCUCCAAAAGUGCCGAACAUAUCGGAAAGACCAUUCAUCUCCUGUUGUGGUUCAAAACUUCAUGCAACCCCUGGAGACUACUUUGGAUGCUUCAGCGGUAACAUUUCAGCAUUCAGCCCGAAAAAACGACCAGUUCCGAAAAAAGCAGCCGAAAAUAGACCUUUCCUCACAAAUCCUGGCAAAAAAGGAGGACCUGGCUAUAUUGACAUUACUUUAGGAAAAUAUCCCACCUACAUGUGGUCGAAAUACGCACAAAAACCUAAAUAUAAGCAAUAUGGAGCAAUGUUAGACGGUCCCAUGAAGACGAUGAUUCACCCACAACCUUACUUCGGUCCAGAUCCAUAUCCAGAUCCACCAAAUGUGAAGAAAGGUAGGGUUUAUAUAAGGCCAAAACCAAAAGAAUAUGGGAAACCUCUAGGAACAGGAAUUUACAUACCUACUGGGCCGGCUAAAUGGCCUGGAGGUAUGCACGCUGGCGGAUUCGAUAAAUUCCCAGAAUAUAUGCCUGAUCGAUAUAAAUCAGUUUAUGAAGCAUUGAAGCCGAAACGUGAGCCGAAAGUAUUUUAUCCUCAGUCAAUGGCAAACAAAUCCUUUUACUAUACGUCAGUACUCAACCAGAAUACUGAUUUCCGCGUAAAUCAGGAUAAUCAUACAUCUUAUGAACCCAGUUACUUGAAAUAUAUGAUAAAACACUGAAA